AUGGAAAAAGAGAAUGAUGAAAAUAAUAAAACAGUUAUUUUAAAACUAAAAGAAAAUGAAACAGAAUAUGAUAGACAUUUGAUGGAGUUAGAAAUCUGUAGAGUUUUUGUUAAAAAUCCUAAGAUGGGUAUUUUAGAAACUGAAAGACUGCUACAUAAAAAAAUUGGACAAAUUGAUAAAACUUAUGAUGAUUUUUUUACAGUAUUUUUGAAUAUUAAAAGUAAGGCAGUUGAUGGUGAUCCAAUUAAAUAUUUAGAAAAUUAUUGUUUAAAUGAAAGUUCCAAGUGGAAACAUUAUGAAAGAAAAUAA